UCCCUGGGUGGUGCGAUGGAGGAUGAGGGGGACACGGGGAUGAGAUGUUCCCUGCUCCUCGCCUCCAGGAAGCCCGCACCCGCCUAUCGCCGGAUCCUCUCCGAAUCGGCAAGGAAGCUCAACGCCCAAGGUUCCCAGUUGGGCAACUGCAUCGAGAAAGCUCGACCUUACUAUGAAGCCCGGCGCCUUGCCAAGGAGGCUCAGCAGGAGACGCAGAAAGCGGCGUUGCGGUACGAGCGAGCCGUCAGCAUGCACAACGCCGCUCGCGAGAUGGUUUUCGUGGCAGAGCAGGGGGUCAUGGCCGACAAGAACCGUUUGGAUCCCACCUGGCAGGAGAUGCUCAACCAUGCUACGUGCAAAGUCAAUGAGGCGGAGGAAGAGCGGCUGCGGAGCGAGCGGGAGCACCAGCGCGUGACCCAGCUGUGUCAGCAAGCCGAGGCCAAGGUCCAAGCCCUCCAGAAGUCCCUCAAGCGCGUCAUUGUUAAGAGCAAGCCUUAUUUUGAGCUGAAAGCCCAGUUCAACCAGAUCCUUGAGGAGCACAAGGCCAAGGUGACGGCGCUGGAGCGGUUGGUGUCGCAAGCCAAGACGCGUUAUUCGGUGGCCCUGCGUAACCUGGAACAGAUCAGCGAACAGAUCCACGCUCGACGUCUCCAACGCCUCAUCGUUCGUCGAGCUUCGCCGGUGGGAGCCGAAGCCAGUCCUCAACACGCCGGGGUACCGAGGUGGGGGUGACAGAAGGGACACAUUUGGGGGCCGAGUGCCCCCCCAGCCGACACGCUUUCGGUGCUCAGCCUUCAAACCAUCGCCUCCGACCUGCAGAAGUUCGACUCGGUCGAACAUUUAUUGGGCUUGUCGGACGCUACCAGCCUCAACAGCGACGAGCUGGAGGAACGAGAGCAACGCCGGGGCGGGCAGGGGUCAUUCAAACAUCACCGAAGCAUCAGCCUUUAGCCUCCGCCACCCCGAGCCUGCCCCCUCCCGUGGCUUCUCCCCUCCAUGGGGAACCCCAAAAAGGCGGAGCGGGGUCGGUGCGUGCCGCCGUUAUCUCCCGCAGAGGCUGCAGGGGGGAGGACGGAGCUGAUGGGGGUGACGCUUGGAAUCCCCUUGUUGACAAAGGUGACACCGUCGGGGGCCAAAAUUUGGGGGGUUGUUGGUGUUCACCCCUCCGAAUUUGGUGGAUGAAGUGUGUGGGGGGCGGUGGGAGCCGUGUCCCGUGGGGCUGUGUGUGCCCGGCAUUGGGAUACUGAGUUAAGCUGCGUGUUGGGUGUUGACAGCGAGCGGCUGGGGUGGGCAAGGCUGCUAACGAAGCUGCUAACGAAGCUGCUCAGUUGCGGCCUCUCCUCGAUGCAGGAGCUUGCACCCCUAAAACGCUUGGGGGGGAUGCCGUACCGGGGACCCUGCCCACCGGGAUUGGGGCGGGGGGACACACAACAUCCCCUUACCUGUCCCCCCUCCUUUCCCCCCAGCUCUGCCCCCCCCCCAAAUUUCAGACUCUUAUUUGGGGUUAUUUUCCCCCUUUUCCAGCAAAAGGUGAGGCAGAAGCCAAAUUGCACUAACAGGAUGGGGGGGCCCCACAGCCGUUUUGGGGUACUGUGGAGGGGGGGGGCUGCGGCCGUGCCAGGGCUGUGAUGAGAACCGCACCAGUUCGAGGCAGCCCCGGGGGUCGGUUGGAGUGUAUUUUCCGGCAAGUAAAAUAUAUCCCCCCCCUCCCUCCAUGUGGUUUUAUUCGCUCGGUUGCACCCCAGGUAUCCUAAAAAUCACCCCCCGCGAUGAUAUUCCAGCAUCUGGGAACAGCUUGAAGCCUCGAGGGGGAAUAACGGCUUUGGGAAUGGGAUUGUUGCAGCCCUACGGUGGUGAUUUUGCUUCCUGAGGUUUUAAAAAUCCACUACGGGGAUGGGGUCAAAUCCCUGAAGCUUGAAAAAACAAGCCAAUAGCCCCAAAUAUUAUAAACAUAAAUAAAAAUCACUAUUGUUAGUAAUUA